ACGGAGCUGAAGACAGUGGACCCAGUACCAGGGCCCCUGGGUCCAGCAGCCUCCUCAUCUCAUCCGUUCAUCUGCUGCGUCUCCAGGGCCGACGACUGCUUCUGCGCGAGCAGGAAGUUGGACGCGGCGUCCACCGAGGCCAAGUUCCUGCAGGACCUGGGCUUCAGGAUGCUGAACUGCGGCCGCACCGACCUGGUGAAGCAGGCGGUCAACCUGCUGGGGCCCGACGGCAUCAACAGCAUGAGCGAGCAGGGGAUGACCCCCCUGAUGUACGCGUGCGUGCGCGGCGACGAGGCCAUGGUCCAGAUGCUGCUGGACGCCGGAGCCGACAUCAACAGCGAGGUGCCCAGCUCAGUAAACAAGCACCCCUCAGUUUACCCCGACACGCGCCAGGGGACGCCCCUCACGUUCGCCGUGUUGCACGGACACGUCCCUGUCGUGCAGCUGCUGCUGGACAACAAGGCCAACGUUGAGGGGGCCCUGCAGGAGGGGGUGGAAAACUACACCGAGACGCCGCUGCAGCUAGCCGCCGCCGCAGGUAACUUCGAGCUGGUCAGCGUGCUCCUGGAGCGCGGCGCUGACCCGAUGAUCGGGACGGUGAGUCGGAACGGGAUCGUCUCGCCCGCCGCCCCUCAGGGGGACAUGAACUCCUUCAGCCUGGCAGCGGCGCACGGCCACAGGAACGUGUUCCGGCGGCUCCUGUCCCAGACGGAGAAGGAGAAGGGGGACGUCCUGUCGCUGGAGGAGAUCCUGGCCGAGGGCUCUGAGCCCGGGGGCGGGGACAAGCGGGCGGCCCCGCCCCCUCUGCCGCUGCUGCUCCCCAACGGAGGCGGAGCCACGCUGCUGCGAACAGGAAAGGCCAAACUGAGAGCCCUGAGAGAGGCCAUGUACCACAGCGCCGAGCACGGCCACGUGGACAUCACCAUAGACAUCCGCAGCUUAGGGGUCCCAUGGACGCUGCACACCUGGCUGGAGUCGCUGAGGACCUGCUUCAUCCAGCAGCGGCGGCCUCUGAUCCAGGGGCUGCUCAAGGACUUCAGCGCCAUCCAGGAGGACGAGUACACCGAGGAGCUCAUCACCCACGGCCUGCCGCUCAUGUUCCAGAUCCUCCGCGCCAGCAAGAAUGAGGUGAUUAGCCAGCAGCUGGCCGUUAUCUUCACGCAGUGCUACGGACCGUUCCCCAUCCCCAAACUGACAGAGAUAAAGAAGAAGCAGACCUCACGUCUCGACCCUCACUUCCUCAACAACAAGGAGAUGUCUGACGUCACCUUCCUGGUGGAGGGGAAGCCCUUCUAUGCACACAAAGUGCUGCUGUUCACCGCUUCGGCCAGGUUCAAGUCUUUGCUCCAGAACCGACCGGCGGCGGAGAACACCUGCAUCGAGAUCAGCCACGUCAAGUACAACAUUUUCCAUCUGGUCAUGAAGUUUCUGUAUUACGGCGGCACGGAAACGUUGCACAUCCGAAACACGGAGAUAAUGGAGCUCUUGUCUGCUGCCAAAUUCUUCCAACUGGAAGCUCUGCAGCGGCACUGUGAGAUCAUCUGCUCCAAGAACAUCACCACGGAAACCUGUGUGGACCUCUACAAACACGCCAAGUUCCUGGGUGCAGCCGAUCUGACGGCGUUCAUCGAGGGCUUCUUCCUGAAGAACAUGGUGCUGCUGACGGACCUGGAGCCCUUCAAGCAGCUGCUGUACGAGCUGUCGCCGCCCGCCCAGCAGCUCGCCGCCGCCCCCGCCACGGCCGAGAGCCCCGCCUCCAGCCCCGCCUCCCCCGGCAUCUGCUCCGACAUCCUCCUGGAGCUGGAGAAGACGCUGACCACACGCAUCCGCUCCAUCCACCUGUCCGCCUCCAAGGGCUCCGUGGUGUGACCCUCCCUGGCCCCUCCCUCCCGAGCCUAGCCCCGCCCCCCACCAAGCCCCGCCCCCCACCACCUAGCCACACCCCCCAAGAACCACAACCC